UGCAUUUAUACAGAUGAAAAUGAGAUUGAUAUUUUAUAGUUGAUUGUAGAGGAUAUAUUGUAUUUAUAUUGAUUAAAAUGCAUUGCUUUAUUUUCCUACUGAUCUCAUUAUAGUUUGUUGUUUAAACAUACAGUGCAACCUCUGUAUAGCAACACCCUUUGGGAGAUACAAAUGUUGACUGUGAUGUAGAGGUUGUUGUUCUAAAGAGGAAAUGAGUGAGAAGGACAGCAGGAGAAACAGCUAUUGUCAAGUGCUGGAGAAUUAUGGAUAUACACAGAAUAUCAGAAGUAGGUAUAAAGACCAUGCUCUAUUCUACGAAGCCGGAUUGCAAGUAGCGCGCGGGGGCAUGAGCAGUUUACAAAAUUAUAAAUUUGGAAGUUUUAUUGAGGCAACAAUGCUCCCUGGACGAAAGUCCGAUAUGGAUGUGGUAAUUUUGAUAAAACCGUUCGUUGUAUUUGAAAAACGAAUUCCUUACGAAAGGAAAAAUAGUUAUGUAACCUGUAAGAUGAUCAAAGAUCCCUGGACAGCACCUGGACACGUCAAGAUAGUGCCUUUUAAUAAUUUAUAUAUCAUUGAUAGAUUCCUAUAUCUAUGUACCAAAUAUGAUAUUUAUGGUCGGAGACUCUUGUGUUACAAUAGAAACAUAUUCUAUACUGACUAUUUGAAGUUGUAUAGGAACUAUGAUAGUGGUCCGCAUAGAGUUGAAAGGUCUGGACCCGCUAUGACGCUAAUUGCUCAGACAGGUAGACCUUGUGAUUUUAUUCAUGCUCUUAUGUGUGGAGACUGGCCGUCAUGUGCAAACGCUUGGCUUCAGGGACGGAAAACAUUGCUGUGGUUGGGUCGGAAGGAAAUGCAAAGAUUGACGAGACUUCCAUGCUUCCUAGUACCGACAGGUUACCAUGAAAGCAACCUCGAAUGGAGAAUUUCUUUUUCGCUACAAGAGCGUGAGCUCUUUUGGAAACUGACUGAUUUGCAGUAUAAAUGCUUCAUUAUGAUGAAAUACAUUAAAGAGGCAUCUUUUGGGAAAGAACAUUUUCAGUCCGAAAAUUCUUUGACGUCUUACCAUUGUAAGACUACUCUUUUUUAUACAAUAGAAAAUAACUCAGAUAUAUGGAAACAAGGGAAUUUAAUUGAUGUUACAACUUUAUGUUUUAAACUUCUUUUAAAAUGGACUGACGUUCGAUAUUGCCCAAGUUACUUUGUACCAACACUAAAUUUAUUCUGGAAAUUAAACGAAAAUGACUUUGAAAAUCUGAGAAGUUUAUUACAAAGUGUUCUAGCAGAGCCAGUUGUGCAUUUUAUUAAAGGAAUCGAAUUGAUGAUCUACAUGCAUAAUUCAGAAUUGACAAUUGAUCCAAAAUUAAAGGAACUGUACGGCGUUUAUGAAACUCCGUUCAGUAGCAUCAAAUUCAUAGACAGUUUAGAUCACACACACAGGGAACUUGGUUGUAUGUUAGGAACUGUUAUGGAGUACGUUUCACAUUUGUCCUUACUUGAAACAAUAUGCCGCCUUGCAAGAUUACUGAAUAUGAAUCAGCGAAACGAUGCAAAUAUUUUUACAAGUUUAGCUUUCCCAUUCAUUCACACAACACUGGCUUGUCAUUUUGUUAUUCUUGCAUUAGAAUCGGAUCACUAUAGCAGAGACUUUCACAUAAUGAUUUCUGCAUUUCACUUUUGGAAAGGACUUAACUCAGACACAAUGUCUAGUAAACUGAAGCUGGUGACGGUUCUCCUCUACACUGGAUACAAAGAAAGUGCCGCAGCUUUGAUGAAGGAAAUUUCUAUGGUCUGUACAAGUUGUCUUUUCUUUGGAUGCUCAUGCUUUUAUUCGUCUAAAUACGAUCAUCGAAGAUCCUUACGCUUCCACAAUUUUGUACGCAAACGUGCUAGAAUGGAUCUAUUAUGUCUAUCAACAAAUGAACUGAUUCGCAGGCAUUUAUGCCACUGUGUAAUGUUCCUACCCACAGAAAUUGAAAUCACCCUAUACCCUUUACAGUUUGAGAUGUUUCGAUCAUACGCAGUACCAGACGAUGCUAGAAAUCCAAGUAAGUUUGACUAUUGGUGGUUUCAGUGUGCCGUUAUCGAUCCAGAAACAUACAUGCAUUUUCUUUGGCAUUUAAUUGAUGUCUCGUGGAUAGAGAAAGGACAAGUGUUCGAUGAAUUACUUGAAACUACUACAAUACAUACAUGGGCUCAUUACCACUGGGAAACCAAAGUGAACGUUGCAGGAUGGCUUACAGAAAGAAGCGGGCAAAAUGUGAAAGCACUGGAAAUGUACUUAUCAUCGUGGCGCCUUUUAAAGAUAAGACAAUUGCAAUAUCAAGUACUUCCAGAUAAUAAACUACUCUUUCAUUCUAACAAUGCUGCCAAAUGGCAUUUAGUUUUAUUGUUGUAUCGAAUGUGGUGUGAGCGUCAAUUCGAGAUAUUUGGGAGAUAUUGCUUGUGAAGUCAUAGUGGAAAAAAGACAUAGAAUGCAGCAUGCAGCUGAUAUUUUUGUCGUUAUGAUUUUAUUAGAUAGGAAUGUGAAACGGUUUAACGAUAUUUUAAUUUGGGAAUGGAUAUAGUUACAGUUUAUAUGGGCUAACAAGUUUUGAUCACUGACACUUGCAGCCGAUUUAAGUUAGCGGCGUCGGUGAUUUAAAAUUCAGAACCAUGUAGAAUGUAUGGACAAUUCAUAAGACUUCUUUUUCCAGUUAUCCACAACACCGCAAUCUAAUAACAAAAGUAAGGAUAAGGCUAUACUUUCAUUUUGUUACUUUGUUAUUACAUUUGAUUUGGAAGGGACUACCUAGGAUACACAUGUCUAUCCCUACAAUCUCUUGAAACCUCCCCCCCCCCCCCCCUCCCCACCCCCCCCCACCACCACCACCACAAACCACAAAAAACAAAACAAAACAAAACAAUAUUAUGUUGAAACUUACAAAAUGUUUUUUAGGAUCAUAAGGCAAAUUUCCAUACCUUGUCCCGUUACUCUGACUUUCUUUUGACAAAAUUAUUCCCACUUUUGACUUGGAAAAAAACUCUCAAAAUUAACAUUUCUUUCAAUAUUUCUAACGUCUAUGCAUGCAUUUGAUUCAAACAACCAUUAGAGAUUGUAUUUUAAGUUUACACAUCAACUUCUGUUACUUUGCCUUUUGACAGAUUUUUCCCGUUUAGACUUAGCAAAUAUAGCAAAACUUAGGUAUCUUUUUAAUAUUUCUGAAUCCAUACAAGAUAUUGCAUCGAACUUCAUAAUAGGUUUUAAGGGUAACACAUGUUUUAAAAUCGGUGUUUUUCAGUAAUUUUGUACAUAUGUGCUGGGUGAGAAAAAUGUGCAGCCUGACAAGACUCGACCUCGGGUCAUCUGAAUAUCGUUCCGAUGCUCUACCGACUGAGCUGCCAGGUCUACACAUUUACUCCCCGUUUUAAUAUUCAAGUUCUAUACCGUGGCACAUGCAUAGUAUGCGUUUAAAUACAUAUCAGAACAACUGUAUGUUAAUGACCUUUAUUUUUGGUUUAAUGUAAUCAUAUUUUAUUGCAUAUCUUUAUUAUAAACAUAAUAUACACAUAUCAAAUACAAAAGUAUGAAAAUAGCAAAUGGGUUGGACUUUAAGUUAUACCAACAUUAUAAGUAGCCCUCCCCACUGC